AUUUGCAUUAUCUACUUCAGCAAAGGGAUGAUUAGUCUUCGUUCAGUUUGGGACAUCAUCUACGGGUUAUUAGUGUCUAGCUUUCCAAGCUGGGGUGCAUCUAUCUUACAGAUAAUCUGGGAUGAGUCCAAGAUUCAAGGCUGGCGAUGGGAGGUUGUUUACUGGACGUGGGUUGCAAUACAGCUAAGUUACCUCUUGCCAGAGUACUAUGGGAGCGACGUUCAGGUACUUAACACAGAACAGUAUGAUGCUUUUACUCAUGUCCGAAGCUACAUUUAUAUAAUCUCUGGUACUAUCGUCUACUUUGCCCUCUGGCCAGAAGGAUGUCCGUGGCAGCACGCUUUUCUUAUACUGGUGAUUAUCAGCUCUUUUAUUGAAUACGGAUAUCUAUUAAAUUUAAAAUAUGCCCAUCUCCAAAAUUCCGGAAAGACCGUGCGACAAGAUUCAUGGCCGCAUAUGGAGUCGUAU